AUGUCUGUGGAUCGAUUAUCAAUUGCAGGGCAGCGCAGUGGUGGAGGUGGUCGGGAGCCUCUGAAGAACCCAUUCCAGCUGGCGUCGUCGGGAGGCUCAGAUGUUAGUGCAGAGACGGGCUUUGGAUUGGCUGAUCUCGGAGGAGAUUCACAAGAAAUGCCGUCCGCUACGUUGGAAGGUGCUGCGGUGGCUUUGAGCCAAGGGAGAUUCAAAACGGUGGUCAAAAUGGCGGAGACGAGCUUGAAGGAGUCGCCAGCCUGCAAAGAAGUGCAUCUGUGGAGGGCAGUGAAGGUGUAUUCGUUGAUGAUGUUAUCGGAGUGGUCGCGAGCGGAAGAGGAGCUGCUUGUUGGGAAGCAGGACAUGGUGGUGGUCGCUGGUGAGGAUGUUGGCACAUUCUGGAUGUCUUUGUACUCGGUUCUAUUACCAUGUUGUAGCGCUACACGGCCGAGCGUAGAGGCUCUCACUGAGGCGGCUGAGCAGCUUCGGAGAAUUCCUACGGCCUCAUCGUGGCAGGAGGUGGUCGUUCUCAAGUCCGAGGCGGUGCUGAUGGUAAUUCGACUAUACCGCUCGUGUUUGUUGCCGAGGGAUGAGGACCAUGAUGGGCUCUUGGUGGAGCUCGCCGGUCUGCUGUUGCGAAUUGGAGCCCUUCCUGAGGCAGAGGACGUUCUCGCGGAAAUCCGAUCGGCCGAAGCAGCAGCUCGUGUGAAGGCGUUGAUAGCGCUCGCUGAAGAGGAGUAG